AUGUUAAAAAUAUUUAUUAGGCUCCCAUCCUUUGCGUUCACUUCCUUCCUUGCUCGUUGGGAAGGGUUUUGCCAGGGAGUCAUUUGGCGACAGAUCGAUGCAACUAUUUUUACACAGUUUUUUUGCUGCUCUUGGAAUGCAUAUGUUCAUAUUUUCUGUUUCAUUUCUGGACGUUAUUCAUUAGUGCCUUCAGCAAGUGUGGAUUUCGAAGUUGUUUUGAAUGAUGUGAGCAAAAUUCGUUCACUUACUGGCGAAAAACGGAUGAAUGCUAUGAAUGAUGUUGUGCAGUACAUUGAGGAGAAUUCGAUAUAUGCAGCGCAUCGCUCAAAAGCUUUUCUACUUUGUCAUUUCAGUUUUGGAGCAAUAUCUUCUUUAUUAUACAUCGCACAAAAGUUAAUUACAUUUAAUAUCUCUCGAGAUGAUUGGACAGAAACAGGUUUCUUUCCUUAUAUUGUAUUUUGUGAUUACGAUAAAUUUGAAUUAGGAAAUGUCCAACGAAAAACGGUACAGUGUACUCUUCCAAUCAACAUGUUUAAUGAAAAAAUAUUCAUAUGCUUGACGCUGUGGCUGUUGUGUCUAUUUAUAUUGACGUCAGUGAACGUUAUAUAUACGUUUCUUGUCUUAUUUGUUCCACAGUUUCGUGAUCGUUUAGCUCUCUUCUAUUUCACGGAUGGAAAUCAUGAAGGAUUUGAUGCUGAUUGCAAAAGUCGUGAAUGCGAAUUUUCUGGUGUUUUUUAA